AAGUUUUGGCGACCCAGGAUCGAAUUCAGUACGAGUACCAAGUUCUUGACCGUUUUCUCCAAAAAUAAGGUCCCUGAUUCGGUGGGUAGUUGAGGAAAAGAGGCCUCUUUCACUUCACCAACCCCAACACCACCCAAUCGCCAUCCAAAAUCUGCCAUUGACCUGAGGCAACCCACCAUUUUUGGCUUUUGGGUCCCGAGUUUUCCACCUCUACUUUUGGUCCCAUAGCUCGUAAGCGUGAAAAGAGAGAGGGACAAAGUCGAUCAGAGAUCGAGUUUUCUUGGGAUCCUUCCGCUAUUCUUUCUUUUUUGUUCUCUGUGUCAGAGUGAAGCGAAAGAGAGAUGGGGGGAGAGAGCAAGGUGUUCACUUUGGCGGAGGUGUCUGAGCACAACACGACCAAGGACUGUUGGCUCGUCAUCGAGGGCAAGGUCUAUGAUGUGACUAAAUUUAUGGAAGAUCAUCCUGGUGGUGACGAGGUCUUGCUCUCCUCCACAGGGAAGGAUGCAACUGAUGAUUUCGAGGAUGUGGGUCAUAGUAGCAGUGCCAGAGCAAUGAUGGAUGAUUUCUAUAUUGGCGAGAUUGAUACGUUGACCAUUCCUGAAAGGACCAAGUACACUCCUCCGAAGCAACCUCAAUACAACCAAGACAAAACUCCGGAGUUCGUCAUUAAGCUACUGCAAUUUUUGGUUCCCUUGCUGAUAUUGGGAUUGGCUUUUGGCGUUCGCUACUACACAAAAUCUGCUUGAAGACAGCCUUCCGCAAAAUUGGAAAAGAUUCUUACAGAAGCUCGCUCACUCUCUUCGAACUUGGAUUCGUGUGCUUUUGGUGGAUGUAAGACAUUUUGCGUUUUCAUAUUUUCGUUGUCAUCAUGCUCCUUGUUGGUUAUCUCCUUUCGGGAACUUAUUGGCCUGUUCCUUGGUACGCUUGUUUGAAAGAUCUUUUGCUCUGCACUGGCUUGUGAAGGUUAGUGAUAUUCAGAGACUUGAUCAAGUUCCAUGCGUAGGAGCUUACAAUUGAAACAAUAUGGGUGAAAUCUUAUUACAUUCUGGUCA